UGCUGCAGCUAUAGCCUAGCUUUGAUCAACAAUGAACUUGCUAUCAUGGAAUCCUAUAUCUUUUCUGUUUACUUUUAUAUGGACUUUUUCAUUUUCACAAGCAUCAUACUUGGCGGAUUUUCCAAGAGUUCAUUUCUAUGGAAAAUAUCGUGCAGAUGCCUCUACACCUAAUAACUAUCGCUGCAACUUUGAUCCCAAUGUUGAUGAUUCAUUUGAAGAUGAUCCUGUUCGUAAUUGGAACUAUAUUGGUACAAAUGAGUUCUCAAUCCAAGACACCUUUGUUACUGGAGUCACAACUGAUAGUGGAGUGACUGACGAUGAAGUAAUUGGAGCUGCAGUUUUAGACAGUGGUAAUCAUCCUUUUGCAAAAAUGGUAGACAUAGACACUGAAUGGCAAGGAAAUUCUACUACUAUAUAUGGAAUGGUGUUUAGGAUAGUAUGGAGAAAUGGUACAGAAGCUCUGAGAGGGAAGUGGGCUCCAAGUUCAAUAUCACAGAGCAUUUGGCCUAGAAGGAAGUGCUAUCAAGGAAGUGAAGAUUCCUUUCCUUUAGGAACAUUGUCAACUACAACUAUCACUAACAUUACAUGGGGAGAUUUGAGGGGAUCAGCUGUACUUAAAAAGUUAAAGGAAUUAAGCACAAAAGGGAACAAAAAAUUACAGUUGUCCAUCUCAUUGAGUACAUAUACUAGAAACGAUAAAGAUUUUGCUAAAACAGCCUUCACACUUGGUUUAAUCACUGGGACAAUUGGAGUUAGUAGUGACACUGAACCUUUAAACUAUGGAGGAGAGAGGCUCUUAAGUCACACUGAAAUAAAGUACUCACCUGAUGUAAGCAAUGUACCAUCCGAUGAUUCAUGUUAUAAUUCUAAUGAUAGCCGAUGGAUGAAUGAUGCUCCAUUUAAAAUGAAUGAAAAUUUGCUUUCAAUAGACUUGAGCAAUUCACUGCCAAGUGACCUGGAUGGAAAUUUACGAUAUUUAAAUCCUCUUUAUGCUGGUAUAUUGCAUCAAUCACCUGAGCAGCCGGAGAAGGCAUGUAUAGAGCUAUUAGGGGAUGAAAUACACUACUGUGGUGAUAACCACAGUAGUCCUUAUUGCAAUAAUGACUGGUUGAAAUUAACUGGUGGCAUAGUGGACAUUGAAAUAACUGAUAAUCAAAAGGAAAAGCUACUCUCCUCUUCUUCACUGGUUGUGGCUUUAAUGCAAGACAAGAGCUCAGAAACUAAUGAAGUCUAUCCUAACUGUUAUGCAUUGCCUUCUUCUAAGCAUAACCUAAAGUUGAUGCUGAAAGAGACUGACUACUACAUGCGACCAAAAGGAGAAUAUAUAUUCUUUAUUCAUCCAUCUGUCUCUACAUCUGUCAAUGUUCCAUUUCUUGUUUCACACUUUGGAAAACCAGUAGCUAACUUAGAUGUUAAAGUUGUGAGAUGUACAGGAAAAACAUGUACGGUUCUCCCUACUGAUGGUGUAAUUCCUUAUGAGGGGAAAUGGAAUGCCAAAACAAAUGAAAAUGGAGUUGCAGUGUUUACUUUCACUGCAGUAAAGAAAAUGAGUUCACUUCGAGAGUAUAGUGAGCCUCCUUGUAAAGGUAGUGAUGUAUUGAAACUUCCCAUUGAUGGUCAAGUAUAUGGCUUUAAUUUCUGUCCCAGUGAAGGAGAAAAGGACCAACAAUGUGCCAGUUUUUCACUUCAUUCAUUAGUAAUUAGAGCCUUUUCUAAUCCAGAAUAUGAUCCAGACAAGCUUUACACGUGGGUGGAUCACAUCCAACCAAUAUUUUCCCAAUACCAUCACCUAUAUCCUGUCAUGCACGGUAUACUCAAUUUGAGCAAUUAUUACUCUGUCACUUCACCCCAAAAUAUUGGCCUAUUAAACCUAUCCAUGCACCUUGAUAUAAAUGACGCUAGUUAUAUGCCUGUUACUAGGGAUCUACCAGAACCUCAGCGAAAAAUGAUACUAAAAUGGUUAGAGAAUCCAGUAAAUCAAUCAGAGGAGAUAAAUGCUCGUAUGGACGAUACUAGUGAAGUUUCACCUGAGUUACAAUGUAAUGAACCAAACCACACAGCAGCUGUAAGUAUGUUUGAGAAUUAUGCUAAACCGCCUGUGUGCGAGGCUAAAGCAAUUUCUUUCAAUAUUCAGGACUAUUGCAAAAAAUAUGUUGACAAGUAUUAUUUUGACACGCUAAAAUUACCGCUAAGUUACAAUGCAGAUGGAUUUAAAAAUAAAAAUUGCCCAAAAAAUAAGCGUCCUCUGUAUAAAUACAAGAAAAAUUCUACAGAUCCCGAAAUACAGAAAAAGUGUAACGAUGAAAAUUUGAGGGAGCAGUUAAAAAUUGGCUUAAAAUUGGAGCUGGCAACUAUACCACUCUAUAUGACUUCUCUAUACUCUAUUGGUGAUGGAUGCAAUACUCAAGUAUAUAAAAUCAUUCGGGGGAUCCUCAUGCAAGAGAUGCUGCACUUGGCUCUUGUGGGCAACAUUAUAAAUGCAAUGAAUGGAGGCCAUCCUAUUAUUGAUAGUCCUGAUGUUGCACCUAAAUAUCCAAGUCUAGGACUUCCUGGCUGUGUACAUCCAUCUCUUGAUGUUCAUUUAAAGAAAAUUUCAUUAAGACACAUAUAUGAUGUACCAUUGGUGAUUGAGAAGCCAAAAUUAUCUUGUGUCACUGAGAACAAGGAACAAUUGCUAAACAAUACAAUAGGAGAAUUUUAUUCUGAAAUAGAGCAGUGCAUGCAAAAACUUGAAGAGAAUGGAGAAGAAGUUUUUCAAUCCAACAAUUUUCAAAUCUCAUGGCCUUGGAAACCCUCUAAAGAACUAGGUACUCUUUUUGAAGUUAAUAGUACUCAAACUGCAUUAGAAGCAAUCAAAGAGAUCAAGGAGCAAGGAGAAGGUGCUAGCCCAAUAGAUCCAACAGAUGGUGAUGGGAAUCAGUUAGGACAUUAUUAUCGAUUGAUGGAAAUUGUCUGCCAAAAGAAACUAAUGAAGAAUGAGGAAAACAAGCAUUAUUCAUACAGUGGAGCUGACAUUCCUUUUGACCCUAAAGGUGUGUGGCCAAUGAGAGACAAUCCAAGCAAAGAAGGCACAACUGGGAACUGCUACACAGAAGCAAGAGCAUUCCACACAACUUAUCGCAAGCUAUUAAGAGAGUUACAUGCAACCUUUGGUGGUGAGCCUGAAAGGAUAGCUUCUGCAGUAACAAUUAUGGAGUCUCUUCUUGUUCAUGGCAAGCGUGUCAUGAGGGUUCCAUUGACUCCUGAGAGUGAGGAAACGUGUGGACCAGUCUGGGAUUAUAAAUGGGAAGAAAAACAAAAUUAAUUGGAGCAAGUACAAACUCCUGCUGAAUGCUAAAUCUACUUAGACAUUUUUAGGCCUUUUAGUAGUUAAUGAUGUUAGGUUUUAUGCUUUGUUAUUAUUAUAGACUCAUUAGUUUUGUUUUUUGGCUAAAUUUUGAAUGUUCAAAUGCUCAUAAUCAUAAA